CGGAGCAUUAUCCUCCACCACCACACAAACUAUCUAUCUACUCAUUUCAUUCUAGCGUGAACAGUGAGGAAGAGGCCUCACGAUGAUGGCAUGUGGUAGUAUAAGGAUGAGCGUGCACCCAAGGGUGAGUGGAUUUCAUUUCCACGUUCCGCUCUCUUCCGCUUCUCUCCUACCUAUUCACCACAACAGCGAUUCCUUUUCUAAGCUUCGCAAUCUCAUUCGUCUCGCGGCGGCGCCGUCGUUGUUACCCAAAGCCUCGCCCAGGAUUGACGGCCCAACCGACUACGACGACGGAGUCACUCUAGGCACUGUGAAGCUGCCGGUGGACACCGACCUUCAGAGAUUCGAUUCCUUGCUCUUUCAGUGGGCAAACAGCCUUUGUCAGGGAGCCAAUCUACCUCUUCCUGUGCCUCUCAAGGUGGACAAAAUAGUCGGUGGAGCUAGGUUGGGUUUUAUCACUAUUGAGGAUGGGAAAACUGAAGUUCUUGUGUAUAUUGAUUGUGUGGUUUCUCCACCGAAUCAAAACUCUGCUCCAAUGUUUCGUGCCAUUAGAAAUGGUCCCUUGAAAGAUAAGGUACCACCCGGUGAGCCUAGAAUUAUGAGGAGCCUUCUUCAAGCUCUUCAAAAGUCAAUUGAAAUUGCCAAAUUGUAAAUGUUUUUGUUUGUUCUCUUACUAUUUUGAGGCUUUUCCUUUUGAAUAAAAAAAUUUCACUUGAAGUUUAAAUUAUUUUAAUUUAUUUAUC